AUGGCCGCCCAAACGACGCCCAAGACCUGCAAGGUCAUCACCGCCGAGACCAUCUCCAAGGGCUACAUGCAAGAGGUCAAGGAUACGCUGGCCAAGGUGCUCGGCGACAGCAGCCGCAAGCCCACGCUCGCUGCGUUCCUCGCCAACGAUGACCCCGCAGCUGUCAUGUACGCCCAGUGGUCCAAAAAGACUUGCGAGCAACACGGCUUCGAUUUCGACCUGCGCACCGUCGACAAGGACCUCCUCGAGGAGGAAAUCAUGAAGGCCAACGAAGACGACAAUGUCGACGGCACCAUUGUCUACUACCCCAUCUUCAACAAGAACCCGACGCACGACAAGUACGUGCAGGAGACGGUCGACCUGGGCAAGGACGUCGAGGGCCUGCGGCACCUGCACCUGCAAAACAUGUACCACAACGUGCGCUUCCUGGACGCGCCGGCCAACACGAAGAAGUCGAUCCUGCCCUGCACGCCGCUGGCCGUGGUCAAGAUCCUCGAGUACCUGCAAAUCUACAACCCGAUCCUGGCGACGGGCAACCGGCUCUUCGGCAAGACAAUUACCGUCAUCAACCGCUCCGAGGUCAACGGGCGGCCGCUGGCGGCGCUGCUGGCCAACGACGGCGCCACCGUGUACUCGGUCGACGUGACGGGCGUGCAGCUCUUUACGCGCGGCCAGGGCAUCAAGAACCCGCGCCACAGGGUCGAGGACAAGGAGGGCUGGGGCCUCGCCGAGUGCCUGCCGCUCAGCGACGUCGUCAUUGGCGGCGUCCCCGUCGAGUCGUUCAAGGUGCCGACGGAGCUCGUCCGCGACGGCGCCGUGUGCAUCAACUUUUCAUCGCACAAGAACUUUGACGGCCCGGCCAUCAAAGAGAAGGCGUCCAUCUACGUGCCGUCGGUCGGCAAGGUGACAAUUGCCAUUUUGCUGCGCAACCUUGUUCGCCUGAUUGCGAACCGCCCCCCCAAGGAUUCCGAGCAGGGCUUGGUGCAGGCUAGACACGAUGCUUUCAAGGAUGAUUGA